AUGUCGCAUUCCAAAACGUCAACACCGCCACGUUCGGCUGGCGACCCCAUCUUUGUAGUCGAGCCCCAGGCACCUCACACCCAUACUCUCAUUCUCCUCCACGGGCUCGGCUCCAAUGGCGAGAAGUUCGGAACAGAGCUUUUGGACACUGGAGUUACUUCAUCGGGCUGUAGGCUGACGGAGCUUCUGCCCGGGGCUCGCUUUGUCUUCCCUACAUCCAAACGUCGCCGCUCCAGCGCUUUUCGUCGCUCGAUGCUUACGCAGUGGUUCGACAUCGCCCGCCUUCCAGAUCCGUCUUAUCGCAAGGAGAUCCAGCUGGACGGCCUUGCUGAAUCGGCUGUGGAAAUUUUGGCCAUCUUGGAAGAUGAGCUCAAACGUGUUCCGGCUCAAAACAUCAUCCUCGGAGGACUGAGCCAGGGUUGCUCCAUGUCACUCGCAGUCCUUCUCUCCUUGGAAUACCCACUCGGCGGUUACAUUGGCAUGAGUGGCUAUCUUACUUAUCAAUCGGAUCUUGAGAUUGCCGUCGCAGAAGAUGAUUUCAUUGACGACCCUUUCUCAAAUGAUGACGAUCCUGCCCAACAAGACCCAAGUGUCAAAGCACAAACUUUCGAGAGAGAUCUGCAGUCCUUGAGCUACCUAGAACAGCCAACGAAAGAAAGAACCUCGUGUCGUACUCCCGUUUUUCUCGGACACGGGAGCAUUGAUGAAAAGGUUCCUUGCGCCCUGGGGGAAGCUGCGGCACAGGUCAUGCGGGAUUCGGGAUAUCAAGUAGAUUGGAAAUGUUACGAGAACCAGGGCCAUUGGUACAAGAUACCCGACGAAAUUGAUGACAUCGUGAACUUCAUUGUGUCACGGGUUGGGUGGGAAGUAGGCGCAAUUAAACAAUCUAAUUAG